AUGGCCUCAAGUUCUUCCUCAAUGAUCCUAAGAGAACGCAUUGAGGCUACAGCCCGAGCCUUCCUAUCCGCGUAUGAAGAGGGCGGGGCCCAGAAUGACGCCUCCAUCAUCAACCGCGACGUUACCGCGGACUGCACCCGGUAUCUGCUUCCCGCAGCUGUGCCCCAGGCCUUUGGUCUACCGGCAGACUUCUUUUUCGACACGACGAACUAUCAGGAGACUUUCGCGAAGGAUAUCAAGGUGAUGAAAUUCAGAAACAACAUCAUGGCGAACUUAGUCAUCGACACUGAGGCCCGCCGGGCCGCUUUUACCUCUAUCGCAGAGGUGUAUCCCAACAGCGGAGAGUCUUACUCGGCCGAGCUCGCUUGGUUCUUGUACUUUAACGAGGAUGGGUCUAAAGUCAAGAAAGUGGUUGAGUUCUGCGACAAGGACGUGAUAUUGAAAAUGGCAAACACGACUGCCUAG